AUGACCAUGAUCAACCCGAUGGUGUUUGCCAUGGACAGCUGCGGCACGCCGACGGACCUCCCAAAGCCCACCUUUACGUAUAUAUUAUUGGACGCGAGAGCUUCCAUAAUACAGAGGGUCAUGCUGGCGGACAACAACACCCCGCCCGUCACCCGGACCGCGAUCCUGCCAGCGACGACAGCGACCCCGUUCUCGGGGCCUUCGACAGCGGCUCCGCCCCCACCUGCCGACCCCGCCACGGGCCCGGAGAACAGCGAAGAGGGGCCGAACUUGGUGACGGCGAUAGCGUUGCCGGUGAUCGCUGCGAUGCUGCUGGGCGUCAUAUUUGUCCUGCUCCGCCAGUUACGGAAGGGCAAGAAGCGCGAGGAUCUCGGUGCCGAGGACAGGGCGCUUGGCAAGGCGGAGCUUUCUUCGGAUGGCGUCUUGCAGGUCGAGCCCCAAGAGUUGUCGGCGGAUCCGCCCGAGCCAAAGGGGCUCGAGGUUUACGAGACGCCAGUGGAGGUCAAGGCGGACAUGGAGUUUCCGGCGGAGAUUGAUAGUGCCGCGCGCAAGGAAUGGGCAGCAGAAGAACAGAAAUCGCUGGGGCUGGGUCCCAAAGGCACCCGUGUUGAUCCGUGA